CACUCACCUGGACGUGAAAAGAGCACCUGUUGCCGGUGGGCUUCUGAAAAAGCUCACAUUUCAGCCGGACUUUCCAGGCCCGCCCGUCCAUAAAACUCGCAUUGGACUAAAAGAUACCUGGAAAGGAUGAGUUUGUGAAAAGGGAGUUCCUCAGCGGCUCUAACUCUGGUAACAGGCUGCAAGUGGCGUGAGUGACAGAUAUGGGGUCAACGAGAUCGUACUGGCAGACUGUGACAGUCGUGACAGUUAUUUACAGCUUGUCAGUGACCAUUGAAGGUGUAAGGACCGAGGUCCGCGGAAAGGCGGGAGGCACGGUGAAUCUGGAGUGUGUUAUUCCCCCAUCGGACCCUGCAGUUGCAUCCCAGCAUGUGGUGGAAUGGAUACGUCAGGGACUCGACAUCCCUGUUCUCAUUAAAUUUGGGUCCUAUGCACCUCGAGUUCAUCCACAUUAUGAGGGGAGGGUGUCUCUGGUGAGGGUCAGCGCACUGAGGUUGGAGCGCCUGCAGCUGGAUGACGAGGGCUCGUACGAGUGCAGAAUACUCUCACUGGACAGGCCCACGGAUGAGAUCUGGAACAGCACCUGGACCGUGCUCUCUGUAACUGCACCACCCACCUUCACUAAAGUCCCGCCUCCUGUCCUGGAGGCCUUGGUUGGAGCGCACCUCUUGCUUUCCUGUGUUGCUACUGGCAACCCCAUACCAACCAUCACCUGGCUGAAGGAUGGCAACAUCAUUCAAAGCAGAAAUGAUGAGGGAGAAGUCUUAUCUCUGCCAGCAGUGAGCACACAGUCAGCAGGGCUGUACACCUGCCACGCCUCCAACACUGAGGGAAACGUGACUCGCGUGACAAAGAUCAUGAUCAAAGGUCCUCCUGUCAUUAUUGUUCCUCCCAAAAACACGUCCCUCAACAUGUCCCAGGAUGCAUUUCUCCAGUGCCAGGCAGUGGCCGACCCCCCCAACAUGACCUAUGUGUGGCAGAAGAAGGGGCAAAAUGUCCAUCACAUAGAGUCUUUGAAGUCGCGUGUGAAGAUCGUGGUGGAUGGAACGCUUCUCAUCUCCAGUCUCAUCCCAGAGGACUCGGGGAAUUACACUUGUGUCCCGACCAAUGGCCUGCUGACUCCACCAGCCGCCUCAGCCAUCCUCACAGUGAUGCAUCCCGCCCAGGCACUUCACAUGCCGCGGGAAACAUAUCUUCCCAUUGGUAUGGACGGUGUGGUCCGCUGCCCAGUGGCGGCUGAGCCUCCUCUGCUCCGAGUGGACUGGAUGAAAGAUGGAGAACCUCUUGAUCUGUCCUUGUAUCCAGGAUGGACGUUAAAAGCCGAUGGCUCUUUGCUCAUGGCUACGGUGAAUGAGGAUGCAGCAGGCACGUAUAUGUGUGCUCCAUAUAACAGCUAUGGCAGCAUGGGUUCUUCCGUCUCGACCACCGUCAUUCUACAGGACCCCCCCUCAUUCAGCAUCACUCCAGAGAAGCAGUACAAAGAGGAGGUUGGCAGAAAGCUGCUUAUACCCUGUCAGGGAAGUGCAGACCCAACAAUUAAAGUUACCUGGAGCAAGGUUGACCUUGUUCGCCGCAUUUCUUAUGCCAUUGAGCCCAACGGUUCCCUUCUGCUGCAGCCUGUCAUCAAGGACCACCAGGGGGCGUGGGAGUGCAGCGCCUCCAACCGCGUAGCCUCAGCGAAGACCCGCACACGAGUCUUCGUCCUCGGCACCAGUCCCCAUGCGGCUACAUCCCUGUCAGUCUCUCCGGGAGUGAGGGAGGCUAACAUAUCCUGGAAGGCAGGCUUUGAUGGAGGAUCAGCACAGACAUUUUCAGUUUGGGUGAAGAAGAUCUCAGCUAAUAAUAACGUGGGGAAGCAGGACUGGUUCUCUGUGCCCGUGCCCCCCUCCUCCGAUGCCAGGCUGCAGGUGUCGGGCUUGUCUCCUGCGACAGACUACCAGUUCAGCAUUCUGUCUCAGAAUAAAAUUGGCGCAGGGCCCUUCAGUGAAAUCGCCACUGCACGGACCUUGGAUCCUCCUCGGAGCAGAAAUAAACCGAAGCCUCCUGCGUCGCUGUCAGCUAAUCAGGACUCAGCAGGUGUUCUUCUGCAAUGGUCCCUUCCUGAAUCUCAGCAGCCUCCUAUCACCGGCUUUGUUCUCCAGGCCCACACUGAGGACGGGGAAUGGUUUAAUUUGGAUGAGGACAUCAGCGCCAACAGUAGCAAAAUAGUAGUUCCGGGUCUGCGGAAGGACCGUGUUUACGAGCUGCGGCUGCUUUCUCGUCAUGGGGUGUUGCUGAGCGAGCCCAGUGCAUCAGUCAAUGUCUCCACCUCGGGGACAGAGCUCUACGCCACUACAUCCCGACUCCUGGAGUUCGUCCCGGAGCAAUUACUGGCUGUAUUGCUGGGCGGUGUCGGCUUCGUGUGCUUGGCACUGGUCUUGUUGCUUGGGACUGCCUGUGUCAUCCACCGCAAGAGAAAGCAACGUCGCAAAAAGAAGAAGGAUGAGCCCCUUCCUGCCAUCUAUAAAUGCUCUCCAUCAAUAAAGACUUCAGGCUCUGACAGUCCAGACAGUUUGUUGAAGAAGAGCCUACUUCCAGCCAGUCCCCUGUACCCCACAACUUCCUCUACUACUACCUCCUCUUCCUUGCAUACAGACUCCUACUCCUUUAGCGCGGAGAAUCAUCAUCCGGGCCAACAUAUAAUGUCAAACUCCGACAAAUGUCACUCUACUAAGAGGAUGUCACUAAUUUCUACUCCAAUUGAGCUGAUCUCAAGAGGUCCAGAUGGACGGUUCACACUCCCACCAUAUGAAAAUGACACUUUGAGUGUUGACAGCAGAAAACAUGCAAGGUAUGAUCAAUAUGCCACAAUUAGAAGAUCUAAUGUGUCAUUAGACUCGGAAAAGGAGGACAGGAAACAGCUGCCUUUUGUGCUUUCUGUUGAUUUCCCACCUUGCAAACUAGAAGAUGAUUCCACAAGUCAGAUGUGUGACAUGGACCGGUUCCUACCCCGACACACUCCACAUGGUGAAUGUGAGAAGGGAAGUUACUGUGGCUUUCCUGACCUCCGCAGCCUGUGCUCCAACAGUAGUCUCGACACCAUGCGUCAUCACAAUAGAGAAAUGACUCCAGCGUUUCCAGUACUCCCACAUAUCAAGUCCAGCCUGGGUCAGCAAUCUACAACGGCAAGCAAUCUGGUACUCCAGAUGGAACAUGACCGAGAGAGGGGGAACCUGAAUCGUUGCCUGAAACUGGCUCAGGAGAGAGAAGAGCUUGAGAGGAAACUCCAAAGGUACACACUGGAGAGAAACUCUGUGAGAGAAACAAAGCAGGAGCAAGUAGACAUACCACGAAGGAAGGAGAGGGUUAAGGAUCUUGGAUGGGAAUGCAAAAGCAGGACCUUGCCACAUGGGUAUCGCCAUGGUUUCAAGGAGAGCUCCCAUCUGUCACCGAGGCAUUUCUUAUCAUCUUCUGUCCAUUGGGAAGCUCAUCCUUUUGUUUCUCAGCCAACUCUGAUUCCAUCCAGGAAUCAUCUCAGUACAUCUACACCUUCAACGGCCUCCUGUUUUAAGUCUGACAAUCAUCCUUCUCCACCCAUUUUUCAAUGCAAGGAUGCAGACAAUCUUUCUAAAGACUGUUUAACACUCCCACAUCUAUCAUCAAAGUAUCAAGGACAUGAAAGAGCAGAGGGAGUACCAAAGGACUAUGAUAACGCAACACACUCCACAGUUUUAGAGAUUCAAAUGAAUGAUUCACACUCUGAAGGACAAAGACAGAAACAUCUGAACCACGGCAGUUUUUCAACAUCUUUCCAAUGCAAUCAAUACAAAGAAAGAUGUAAUUUGACUCUUGAUGACCUCAGAGACUCUUCAAGAUUGGAAGCGGCAUCCCCUGAGUCUCCUGAGGAAGACUUGAGUGUAGAGAUGAGUGUAGAUGAGCCAAACUCUGAGUUUUUCAUGAUGCAGCCUAAAAAGCCCAUGCUGCACCACAGAAUUGCCUCUCAUGUCCAGCACGGAUGCACAUUGGUUCGUAAAAGGCAGCUUGAAGAUACAAACGGGAGCACAAACUUAAACUGCCAUAGUCUUGCUUCUGUGGACAACAUUGAUAAGGUCCUACAUUAUCCACAACCUUCUGAACAAGAGCGAUGGAGAGCUGCGAGCCAAGGCUCAAACAUCAGGAACUCAAAACAGCGAAGUCAGAGCCUAGACUUGAGGCGACUGAAGCAGAACUCUUUUCUGGCACCAGAUGCAUGGGUAGACUCUCUCAGUCAGGAAAACGGUUCUGAUGCAUCAUCUUGUCAUCCUCAUUCUCUGUUCUGGAAACCCCAAAUCUCUCUGGCCAGAAAGCUGUCCAAACAUCCUAAAAAUUCUGGGACAUCUAACCCAGCUACUCUCCAUUCCUCUCCUCCUGUGGAUCAUUUAUCUCCAAGGAGCAGUCCACUACCACAUCCUGACGUGCCUUGCCACUACGAGCCAAAAGGACACGUGUCCUUCUCCGCCAGUGGUGCCACAAACAGAGACACAAGUUACAUAGACAAGGACGUUUCUGUAUUCGUACCCCCUGACAACAAUGACCUAGAGGCACUGGAGGUGGAGGCAGGAGACCACGAGGAAGCAUCAGAGUUGAGUGGCAGCUACAGCAGUUAUGCCAGCAGUGGCCGAGGCAGCAUGGAAACUGCUAACGGGCGCCUUUCAUUGUGUCAACUUUCCCCAACCCUCAUCAUCUCACCUGAGACUGUAUUGGACCCCCAGACGGGCUCAGUGGAGAGGCACAGUAACCAAGAGGAACGACGCCAAAGGAGAAAGCCCUCCGUAGAUGAGAAUUAUGAGUGGGACACCAGUGAUUUCUGCUCGCAGCCCGGAGACCAUGACCGACUACAGAAGACAAUUAAGUGCUGUAACCUUGCCAGCAUGCAGAGCACCGCAAAAGCACAGAAAAAUUGUACUGAGCCGUCUCCGCUCCCCGGACGUCAAAGCAGUUGCUCUGCUGAGGCUGAACCAGCCGCCGUGCUGUUCUGACACCACCAACAGUACCAACCUUUGACUCGUUUCACCUGGUGUGUUUCUUCAUGAAUAAACAUGGAUCACUAGGUAAAGAGAAGAAAGCUAGUUUCAAUCUUGUUCCCUUUUUUUCAGCUACAAAAUAACAAAAGUAAAGCCAAAGGACUGUACAGCAUUUGUAGGGAAGGAUUUUCUGUUUGGACUUAUUGUUAAGCUUCAGCUGAAAAAUAAGUAAAUGAAACAGAGAACUCACCUUUUUGAAGAAGGGGCGGGGCUAAUUUGCACCAAUUAUGGUCAAGGACUCAAAACCAUGUCCGAUGACACCAUCCACGAGUCUUUAUGUCAAACCAUUCAAAAGUUAUUGCAGAAAAUAGGAUCUACAGUAUAAAAUAUCGACCAACCAGAAAAAGGGGCGGGGCUAAUUAAUGCCAAUGAAGGUCAAAUACUCAAAACCGAGUUUGAUGACACCACCCACGACUCUCUAUGUCAAACCAUUCAAAAGUUAUAGUAGAAAAUAGGGACUAUCAAAUAUUGACCAAUCAGAAGAAGGGGCGGGGCUAAUUAAGGCCAAUGAAGGUCAAGUACUCAAUACAGAGUCCGAUGACACCACCCACGAGUCUUUUUGUCAAACCAUUCAAAACUUAUGGCAGAAUAUAGGAACUAUCACAUAUCAACCAAUCAGAAGAAGAGGCGGGGCUAAUUCAUGCCAAUGAAGGUCAAGUACUCAAUACCGAGUCAGACGACACCACCCAUGACUCUUUAUAUCACACCAUUCAAAAGUUAUGGCAGAAAGUAGGAACUAUCAAAUAUGGACCAACCAGAUGAAGUGGGGGCGCGCUUUUUGGUGUCCAGCGUCCCCACGGUAACGCUUUUGACUGAAAAUUAAUGCGCGUCGUCGCAAGAUGGAGACGCACAUUUGAUGUAUAACACACCUGGGUGCACGUUACAGUUCGGGCGAAGAAGCGGCUGAAGAAAUGGCAUAAAUUUCGCCAAAAUGACACGAUUAAUUCAAAAUGGCCGACUUCCUGUUCGGUUUCGGCUAUGGCGCCAAGAGACUUUUCGUUAAUUUGCGAAAUGAUACAGGAGUGUACCGAUUUUCGUGCAUGUAUGUCAAACCGUAUUGUGGCACAAAGUUUUCUAGGGGGCGCUGUUGAGCCAUUAGGCCACGCCCAUUAAUGCAAACCAUGAAAUAUCAAAUUUAUCACCAGGCCUGGCUUGGUGCAAAAUUUGGUGACUUUUGGGAACUAUCAAAUAUGGACCAAUCAGAUGAUGGGGGGGGGGGGGCGCACUUUUUGGCGUCUAUUGUUGCCACGGUAACGCUUUUGAAAGAGAAAAGUAAUGCGCGUCGUCGCAGGUUGGAGACGAACAUUUUGAUGUAUAACACACCUGGGUGCAAGUUGCACCCCGGGCCAUAUUAACUGUCGAAGGAAUGGCAUAAACUGUGCCAAAAUUACGCGAUUAAUUCAAAAUGUUCAACGCCCAUUAAUGCAAACCAUUAAAUAUCAAAUUUUUUGCCAGGCCUGGCUUGCGUUCAAAAUUUGGUGACUUUUGGGGCACGUUUAGGGGGGCAAAAAGGCCGUCCUUUCGUCGGAAAAAUAAAAAGGAAAAGGAAAAAAAAAAAGGAAAAUUCCUACAUUUACAAUAGGGCCUUCGCACUGUAAGUGCUCGGGCCCUAAAAAAAGAAAAGGUUGCUACUUCGCAGAUUUAACUUAUCAGGGUUAUUUUUGGAACGUAACCCCCGCGAAAAAUUAGGGAUUACUGUAUUCUCAGGGAAUCAGUGGCUAUUUCAAUUGCAGAGCCAAAUUUUUUUCAACGCAUGGCAUACAUAAUGAGGCUUUGAUAAAUCAGUUUCCAAUAUGUAAAAAGCCGACCCUACAUGUAAUUCAGACUGGUUUUCUUAAAGCAGCAAUGCAUUCUCUUCAAGUCCAAAUUCAAGCGACUCUUCAAGAAUAUAUGUCUGGUUUUGGCAGCGCCGUCAUCACUAACCACUGUAAUGUGGGUGGGUGGGGGCUGGGGGGGUAUUACUUUGAUUAUUACUAACCAAAGUAAUACCUCUCUUGGGCUGCCAGAACUCACUGGCAGUGCAGUGAAGCUGUGUUUUUAAGUUAUGUAAUGACAACAUGCACAGGGGGAGUUCGAAACAAGUCAGGUUGGCUUCAAAGUUUUAAAUGAAGAUUGGGAGGAUGAAGAAGAAACGAGAGCAGAGAUGAGAAAAAUUGUUUUUUUUUUGCAAUUCCUUAAUAUCUUAUUAGUAACAAUUGUACAACUACAACCUGCCUAACACUGGCUGCCUCAUGUUCAAGUUAAGAGUUGUUCAAUCUAAUUAAAAAUGAUUCACUGAAGCCUGUGCUACUGUACUAAUACGCUUUAUAUUUAACUCUUAUGCAUCCACCUGCUGUUGUAUGUCAGUUUUAUGAUUGCUGAGUUUGUUGGAUGCAGGGGAAUGAUUUUUGUAUGCACAGAGAUAUUUUCUGUUGCUGUUACAGUGAGGAAUGUUGUCAUUUUAUGGCAUAUUCAUAAUUUCCUUUCCACUUAUAUCUUACUGUAGUCACAGUCAUUUUAAUUUAGAGUUAAAAUGAACCUCUUUUACAUUAGAAAUAAGUUAAUGCAUUCAUAACGUGGGACAAUUAUCAUUUAUCCGUUGGACUUUAUUUCAUUUCUUUUUAUAUAUAUAUAUAUGAUAUAUGAUAUAUGAUAUGAUAAUAUAAU